GUGAAAGUAGAAUAGAUUGGAUAGAGCGGGAGAGAAGUACAGACUGCAGUUAACACAAUAGCUACCAGCUCCGUUAACAACAGACGCUGCUAAGCCAGGCUGAGGCGAGCGAGGUAUGGACGGAGAGGACAGACAGGUGGACCUCAGAGAAGGCAGCCCGACUGAGGCGACGCAGCGCAAAGGGGACACCAGAAGAAGGUCGAGUCCGCCGCGCCUCACAGCAGCAAGACAGAGGCAGAAGGUUCAGCAACAACAAGCGACAAAAACAGAGGAAGGAUCCACGGUGGUUGAGGAGUCGCUCCCCAUCCCCCCAGAGCUGGCCAGCUGGAUCAAACUCAACGCCAAGGACCUCAAGAUCCGGCAGGAAGACCGCCGCUGGGCCGCGGAGGUGGUCAAUGAUUUCCGAGAAAACCUGCUGAGAUUCCUGAGGAGCAACGGUGAUCAGCCUUUGUUCAAGUCAGCUGACUUCCUCACCACCGGCAGCUACUUUGAGAAAGUCAAGAUCCACAGCCCCGAUGAGUUCGACAUGAUGCUGAAGCUUCAGGCUCCUUCACGCCUCAACAUGACGGAGCUCGACGGUGGCCUCUUCUACCAGAUCGGUCUUAACCGGCCCACUCGGAGCCCUUUUCAAGCCUUUCUUUUGGAGAACGACCGCACCCUCUCAUCAAGCAAGAUCCUGAAUGAGAUGUAUCGCCUGGUGCGCAAGUUCCUCAAGACCUACAAAGUGCCUGAUAGACAGUGUCGCUGGGAGGUGAACAGGAAGCGUCCCAACUCGCCGGCGGUGACCUUGUCUCUGUGCAGGACUGAGAACAACAGCGAUGAGCUCAUCUCUGUGGACGUGGUUCCUGCUCUGGAGUCCUGUCAGGGCUGGCCGCUCGCGGUCCGUAACGGCCCAGCGGUGGACAACUGGCUGGGGAAGAAGGUUCGCCAGGAGAUCAAGACUUUGCCCUGUUUCUUUGUCCCAAAGAGGCUCAAAGGACGAAACCUCAGCGAGGAGGCCAAAGAGAGCUGGAGGAUUUCCUUCUCUCAAGUUGAGAAGAAAAUCAUCACGUUCCAUGGCAACACGAAAACCUGCUGCGAGAGCAACGCCACCAAAUGCUGCCGUAAGCAGUGCUUAAUGCUCCUCAAGUCUCUG